GCCGCGCGCCCAGGCGUUUCCGCCUCGCGUCCGCAGGCCUUCGCGCGCUCUUCCGGCCAUUCAUACUACUAGUCCGCGGGUCCUGGGCGGUGGGCUUGUGUGAACGGUCGCUCCAGGAGGGAGACGGCACCGCUAGAAUGAAGCUCGUAAGAUUUUUGAUGAAAUUGAGCCAUGAAACUGUAACCAUUGAACUGAAGAAUGGAACACAAGUCCAUGGAACGAUCACAGGUGUAGAUGUCAGCAUGAAUACACAUCUUAAAGCUGUGAAAAUGACCCUGAAGAACAGAGAGCCUGUACAGUUGGAAACAUUAAGUAUUCGAGGAAAUAACAUUCGCUAUUUUAUUCUACCAGACAGUUUACCUCUGGAUACGCUCCUUGUGGAUGUUGAACCUAAAGUGAAAUCUAAGAAAAGGGAAGCUGUUGCAGGAAGAGGUCGAGGCCGAGGUAGAGGAAGAGGACGUGGCCGUGGCAGAGGAAGAGGGGGUCCUAGACGAUAAUGUCUCAAGAUUACUGUUUCAAAAUGACAUGGAAUGGGAAUAUUUUUUUGUACAGGUUUUGUUUGUUUGUCAGUUUUUAAUAAACAUAAGUGUGGGGACAGAGUUGUCUACUGACUAUCAAA